AGGGCUUUUAAAUCUAGGGGUGGAACAACUUUGACACAAAGUAGGCGCGGUGAAGAAGUGGGCACGGAAGGCAAAAUUUUGACAGCCUAUUACAUUGUUUACGUUUUUUGUCAAAGAAAAGCAAUGAGAAAGUGGCAAACAACAGUGGCUGUUUUUCAAUCUCCUCGUGCAAAAGCCGUGAAGCCGUGAAGUAGUACGGCUGGACGGAUCGAACUAGCAGAACAAAAGGGUAAAGGGUUGGGAAAAACCUUUAUCGCAGCGGUUGUGAUGUACAAUCUAAUCUAUACCGGUGGUAUCCAACCGGGAAGGUUAUCUUCAUGGCACCGACUAGACCGCUGGUAAAUCAGCAGAUCGAAGCAUGCUACAAGAUCAUGGGUAUUCCCAAGGAAGAUACCGCCGAAAUGACGGGGAAACAGCUGAGGAAGAACCGCUCCGAGCUGUGGCAAACUAAACGGGUGUUCUAUGUUACACCACAGGUCAUCUUAGCGGAUAUCAAUUCUCCGGAACAAAACUUCCCCACCGAUAGUAUCAAACUGGUAGUGAUCGAUGAGGCCCACAAAGCUAAAGGUCGAUACGCUUACACCGAGGUAAGGACCGAGUGGAGGAUGUGGCCGAGGUUCUACGAAAUCUGCUAAUAUCACACAUCGAAGUUCGAUGGGAAAAUU